GUGAACAGUGGAGCUAUAUCUAAAAGAUUGUGUUAGUGGGUGCUCUUCGGCUAGUGCUCGACCGUGAGCUGGUGAUAUAGCUGUGAACUCAUUAUCACAAGCCUCAGUUUGCCAUUCUUCGGUACCUCUCUAAUAACCACACUCUUUCAAAAGCACUUUUGCCAUGCGCAUCGUCGGCCUGUCCGGUGGAAUUGCGACCGGAAAGAGCACCGUGUCGCGAGAGCUUGCCGCAGAAGGGCUAACCAUAAUCGAUUGCGACGAGAUCGCGAAGGACGCAACACGCAAGGGCACAUGGGGGUGGCGUCGCGUAGUGGCAGCUUUCGGGCGGGAGGUUCUUCGCCCUGACGGCGAACUUGACCGAGAGCGGCUGGGUGCGUUGAUCUUCAACGACCCAGCGGCACGGCGCCAGCUUAAUGCGGCCACCCACCUUCCCGUGGCUGUAACCUUGGCGCGGCGCCUGAUGCUGUCUUGGCUUACGUUCAAAUGGGUCGUGGUCGUGGAUAUGCCGCUACUGUUCGAGACCAAGAUGGACCGCCUGAUGCUCCCCAACGUUCUCGUCGCAUGCAGCCCAGAGAAGCAGCUGGAACGGCUGAUGGCGCGAGACGGUGGUACGGCAGAGCGCGCGCUGGCACGCAUUGGCUCACAAAUGCCGCUAGAGGAAAAACGGAGGCUGGCUCAGAUUGUGGUGGAAAAUGACGGCACGCUGCAGGAGCUGCAACCGCAGGUUCGGUGCCUGGCGCAACGCUUGCAGCGCGGCGCUCGGUUUUGGGGCAUCCUUACCUCCCCCGUCGGCCUCUUUGCGCUAAUGGCUGCUUUCCUACAUAGAUUUCGGUAAAUGACGGCUUUACAGCUUUUGUCAUUGGGGCGCAGAACUGUUGCAACAGCGCUGAAAGGAGGAGCAGCAGCAUGAAGAAGGUUACUGUCUAGUAGCGUUUGGUAGGAUCAGGCGAAUGGAAUGAUGCAUUACCGUAUUGGGUUUGGCAUACUUGAACUCUAUCUACUUGCGACUACUCAUCAUCAGUCGUGCUGAUGACCAUCGUAGAGUUGACCGUGUGCCACUUCAAUCCACAAUUAUUUUCAAGCUUUAGGGGUAUGAAAGUAACGUACCAGCACAUUCUUAGCUUGUGAAUUUGUUACUUCUCAGACUUUCAGUGUCUGUCUACAUUUAGCCAGCUCGCUAUCGUAGCGAUGUGAUUGUUGCACAAUUCCAAAGUAACUAAUAACUACGUUUACUAUGGACGUCCAUUAGCAUGGCCGUGGGCUGGGGUGCCUGGGCAAAGGAUGGUGGAAGUGGCAGAGCGUUGACGCAGCUGGGAUGCAGCUAGAUGUUUUAUCAGUCCUGCAGCUGCCGUCUACUGGAGGAGCGUAUGCGGGACCGUUUGUCCUCAAGGAGAAGAGCGAUGUGACACUGCAGGAGUUGAAGGAGCAUCAGCGGCGUGGUUUUCCAUGCUUUUCGUGCGGCUUGUUUGCGAGCAGUCGUCAAGAACAGUACUUUGAGCCCUCGAGCAGCCUUGGUGUGCAGUUUUCACUGCUGCACGAUUCCUCGAAACCAACUUCAUGGAUCCUGGAAGCUGACGACGUUGACCAGCCCCAGUUGGCCCGUGUAGAGCAGCUCCGAGGAAACCCGCCUCACCCACCGGCCCCGCCAAGCCCUGUCGGCUGGCCAAUAGGUGCAGCGCUGGGCCUGGGCCUACCGGUCACCUUUUACCCGCGUCACGCCCUUGCCAGCGACCUUCAUUCAACGUCAUGCCAAGUGCUGGUGGAUCCGCCCGCGGGAGUGGCCGCGUCACGUGCUGUGCUUGUUGCCCAUGCUUACUGGCGGGACAGCUGCCCAGGGAAGCUUGUUCUCGCGGUGGGGAGGCUCUCCGAGGGCGAGCUUAUGCGGAUGGGGCAGGCUGUUGGCAGCGGCGAGCGGCGAGCGGAGGACGGGUGCUGUGCAGCGGAGCCUGGCGGGCAGCAGCAGCAGUGGCAGUGGAAUGUGUUGCUCGCAACGGAGGGUUACGAGUACGUUGGGCCGGCGGUCCCAUACUGCGACGGCGAGCAGUCGGAGGGGCCGGGUGCCGCCUUGGCCACCGUGGACACGCUAUGGCACCCGCAGGGCGGUGUCUUGGCAAUCUGCAUGACCGACGGCAGCAACCGCAGCUGCGUGGUCAUGCUGGAUGCCAACACGCUGCAGCCGCUAUGGCACAGGCGCUGGGAAGGGGACCUGGAACCCAUGUCUCCGUCUGAACCUGCAUCGGGGUGGCUUGGAGGCGGACAUGCGGCUUCCGUGGCUUGGGUACCGCGCACGUCGCUGCUUGCAGUCAUGGACGACAACGGCAACCUGUGUCUGCUAGAUACCCGGGGCAGCCCCCGGGGUGCUGCUGUCUUGUGCGGGGCCAUUAAGUACGGCGAAUCCGCCGUGAUACGCUUGGGCCCGAUCCUGAGUAAGGCAGCGCCGCUACCUGCUAGCUCCAAGGGUACUGGGGCCGACUUUCCGCGGUUCGCCCGCGGUCAGCGACAUGGCAGCAGUGGCGGCGGCAACGGCACGGAUUCGCGAUUGCUACCGGAUCAACGCCAUCGCCGCAGGCAGCAGCAGCCCGGUGACGCUCCUCCGCAGCCUCGUUAUUCACUGGCGUUUGCAGCCAUGCACACGGCAACGCACGCACCGGUACUAGCAAUAUGCAACGGUGCCGCAGUCGCAAUGACAAGAUUGCACCUAUCGGAGGAUAUCCUUUCGCCUGCCGAAGCGUACUGCUGCAACAGCGUUGCCUUUGUGCUGGCUCUGCCCCCACCACCUGCUGUCGCCCUCGGCAGCACAGAAAGUGGGGAGCAGCCAGACGACCGUGACUCGGUGCCGGCGCUCUCCAGCAUUGCCCUUAGGUCGGACACCCUGGGUCGCACGCUUCCAUCCUUCAGCAGCAGCGCAGUGUCCACGCCGUACAUGCUGGGUUUGCAGCCCAUCAACGGGGGCCCCACGGCUGCCCCAGCUGUACCAACAUUCAGCAGCCGCUCCGUCGCUUCGGAUGGGGGCGUGCCUCCUGCCUGGCCGCUGGUAUGGCACUCGGUGCACACCUUGCCGCCGCACUCAGGCAUGCCAGGCACGGCUGCCGGCCUUCCGCCGGCUCCCAGCAAUCGCAGCCAACAGCAGCACCCUGUAGGGGCUCCAUCCUCCGUGGCAGGGUCCUCAGUAGCUGGCCGGCUGGAGCCGUCUUUAGUCCGCGCGUCCGGUCCGUGUCCCUCGCUUGCGGGCAGCGUUGUGAACCUCUUCAGUCCCUCCUCUUGCGCGGCGUUACCAGAAGAUCCGGUGGCCAGCGGCGUUGGUGAUCCAGCGUUUGGCGGUGACGGGGCGGGGGCAGCAGCAGCGGCGGGGCGCAGGAACGCGUCGUCACAGAGAGGGGUGGUGUGUGCGGCGCCGGCGGCCCUACAUGCGCUGAGAGAGGGGAAUAUGCAGGUGCUACGCGGCAACAUGGCGCAGGCGCUGCAGCACUACCCGCGCGCGCACAUCUACGGCUUCCUGCCGGCAUUCCUGGCCUUGAUCCAUCUGCACCGAGUGGAUGCAGCGGCCCGGCUCCUGCGCGCCUACGCACACUUUACGGGACAACUCGCAUCAGCAAUCGCUGCUUUGGAACCUGCUGGAGACAGCGCCCCUUCCAGCGCAGCAUGCAAUGCUGCCGAGGGCGCCGCAGCCAGCAGCAGCGACAGCACCGGCAGCGGCGCCAGCCCGAACCCUGCUGUCGCUGUUUCCACAGCUGCCGAACUCCGGCGUUGCUGGCGUUCUGCUAUGGCCAAAGUCCUGUCUGAGGCAUUUGUAACGCACACAACCACAACCGCAACGGCCGGAGGUGUGGGGGCUCCGUCGGGCGCUCCGUCGGGCGCUCCGCAAGCGUGCAGGGGUGAUGCCAGCGGUGCCGGAAGUAUGCCUGCGGCCUGCCGCAGCGUUGACGAACCCUCUUCGCCCGCGAGAGGUGGGGGCACCCAUAGCCGGGAUCCCAGCCCUCAGCGCCAGCCUAGGCUGCGGUUACCCAUGGACCGGUUCCGGGACACCCUGGGUCCCUUUUCUGCUAGCGCGCCGGGGAUAUCGUCCGCGAUGUCUUCGGAGCAGGGUUCCGGCGGGCCCGAGCGGACGUUAUCAGGGUCGGGGCCGUUUGGGGGGCACGAAAUGGGAGCAGCCGCGGGCAACGGUGGCGCUGGUUUUGCUGCUGCGAGGGUGGGCGGCAGGAGUGGCGGCGGCGGCAUCUCGGCUUCGCAGCUGCAGACGCUGCUGGACGCCAAUGCAAGCACACACAGCAUGCAGUCUGUGCCUGAGGAGACUGAGCUCAACGCUCAGGCGCCCCACACAAUGAUCUCUUCUGCGGUGGGCUACAUUCCGCUGCCUCCAAUCCCCACGGACGAUGGGCCCUCCCCAGCGCUUCCCGCUGCCGACAGUCCCCUGGGGGCCGCUGCUGACAAGGCCCAUGCCGCAGCAGCCGCGCAGGCGGCUGCGGACAUUGCGGCUGUGGGCGAGGAAGAGGGCGACGAGGGCGAGGAGGAACCCGGGUUGUACGAUGGCUGCGGCAGCUGCAGUGCCUGCUUGGCUCCGCAUGGCGCGGCUGCAGCGCUGCAGAGCAUGCUGCGGGUCUGCUUGCAGCUGCUGCAGCUAGCCUGCCAUGCCAUGGCCUUUAUCGCCUUCAGCGCGCAUAGCGCGGGCCGCGCAGCUGCCGCCGCUGCUGCCGUCGACAUGCUGUCACUGCAAGUGGGUCCUAGCAGCCCGCGUAGCCCAGGGGUGCUGUCACGGCAGGCCAUGCGGCGACUGAGCAGCACCAUGCGCAUGCGUAGCCUUAAGACGCGCAGCCCCAGCAUGUACGGGCAAAACGUAGCGGGCCUGGCUUGCUCACCGCCCAUCCACCAAGGCGGCAGUGGCGGCGGCGCCUCGCCUCACCGCGCCGGCAGCCAUAGCGCCGGUGGCGCCAGCAGCGGAGUCGCUCGGCCGCCGCCAUUGGCGCCGGUAGUGGUUGGCUUUCCAAUCCCGGUGGUUUGGCAGCCUUUGUCGCAGCAGGCGGCGCCGCAGCCGCCGUCGCCAACUUCCACCGGACAGGACCUCCCGCAGCCGCCUGUGUCAACAGCAGAUGCAUCGGGCGGCUCGCAGGAGGAGAAUCAGCAGCCGGCGCACAUGGGCUCGGGGGGUUCCGUAGCUGAUGCCUCCAUAUCUCUGGCGGCGUCAGGCAUGGGAUCCAAUGCUAGCAGCCCCAUCGUGCCCACCAAGUCCAUGUUAACGCCCAUGCGCCUGCAAGUCCAUCACUGUGCAUUUGACGUGACGCAGCUCUGGCAAGACGCCAACUCGCAGCAUACGGAGCUCGGCCAGUCUGCGGCGGCCGUGUACCUGAAACCGACUUACGCAGCUGGGUUGUUGCUCAUGGCCUACGCAUGCACCGCACAGCUGCAAGAACGGCAGCAUUCCCAUUGCCACGUGUUUGGAGAUGGGGCGGGCGAGCCUUGCCAGCAACAGGCGCAGCAGCAGCAGCAGCGGCCGCAAGCUGGAAAGGCCACAACAGGCGCCGCAGCGGUCACUGGUGACAUGGCUGCGAUGCGUAAUGCUUUCGCAAUGCAGCGAGCGGGUUCGCAGCAAGGCUUGAACGCGCACGUGCAUGCGCUUGACAGCGACAAGCAGCAACAGCUGCAGCGGGGCCACAUCCUGCGCUCUGGUGCGGGGACAGCUCGCGUUAACUGGGCGCUGCUGCGCGCCACUGCCGCCGCCACGCAUGCUGUGGUGGUCUGGCAGCACUUGAACGACUGGCACCGUGCCGCCUUGCUUGCGUUUGCAUGCGCCAAUGCGCUGACGAAGAUGGGCGGUGGGACGGCGGACCUGCCGGCGGAGGUGCCCAAGCGGCGGCGUCGGAGCCUCUGCGUGGACGAGCGGCCAGCUGGUGUUGACGCGGUUGUGCAGGUCCCGGGUGCUGAGUGCGCUGUGGGGCCGACGGCGGGUGCGGCGGGGAUCGGCGCUGGGGAUGCAGGCAGCCGGGCGAGCAGUAGCGUCCUUGCAGCGGCUCGGGCGUCAUGUCUGCGGAUGGGCCAGUGUGUGCUUCUGUCACAGGUUGGGUCGUGCCAAAAGAUGGAGGUGCAGGACGCUUGCGGCGUGCUGCUGGAGUUGGUGGCCCUGCCUCGCCGCCUGCUAGGCCUCAACUCCUCCGUGCAUGUGUCGCUGCUGCAAAAGGUUUGUACCCGCGUGGUAGACCUGCUGCCCAAGCGCGUGUGCAUCACGCCGCUGCUGCCCGCCGGCUCAGUUCCCCCGCUGCUGGAGAUCAGCCAUGCGGGCAUCCGCUCCCAGCUGGUGUCGCACUGCGGCGCAGCGGUGGCGACGGUGCUGGAGGAGCUGAGGCUGGCGGCGGCGUGCGGCAGCAGCUUCGUGUCGCUCCGGGACACCGUGCAGCAGAUCGCCGAGCACGCCACCGUCGAUAGCACACUGCGCAUGCUGCUGCGGUGGCAGGGCGCGUACGACGGAUCGCGUGUGGAUGCCGCAGCUGCCCGGCUCGCCGAGAGCGUGCAUGACAUCAUGUUGCUGCCGGACACCUCGGACUGGAAUGCCGAUGCUGUGUUGCCGCCGCUGCAGGAUGCGUUUGUGGCCAGCGGCCUCAUGUCAGCCAGCGAUGCAGCAGCCGUGAUAAAGGCCGCAUUGGCUGCAGCAGCCGCUACAGCGGCACCGGGCGGCGGCCCGGCGCCGCUCAGCGUGGGUACCCCCGAGGAGUGCCCUCUGGUGCUUGGGGCAGGCGCAGGCGCCGGGACGACGGGCACCAGCGCUUGCACGGCUGCAGCAGCGCGUGGGCUGCAAGACAUUGAUGAGCUCGCCUUGCUGUUGGACUUGUCGCAGCUGCAACACACGCUGCUGGCAGCCCUGCAGCCCUUCUUGUUUGAGGCCCUGCCGCUGCUGUGGCGCCAGUCUCCCAGCGCUGCGGCUGCUGCUGCCGGAGGCAGCUCGGGGCCGGACGGGACUGCGGCUUGCGGCGGCGGUAGCAGCGCAGCGGCAGCGGAGGAGGGAGGUCCGGAGGAGGAGCAGGAGGAUGAGCUGGUGGAGUCGAUGCUGGAGGACUCCGGGGUGGUAUCCGCGUUGCCGCCUGUGCAGCUGGCGGCGUCUUGCCUGAAGCUGCUGCUGAAGCUGCAGUGGGCCAUGCACUGCAGAGCGCAGGUCUGCGCCCUCAUGCUGCGGCUGUUGCAGCUCCAGGCCCCUCCGCCGCCUGCAUCCGAGUUGGCAGCCUCCCAUCCCGCAUGCAGUGAACCACAGGGGCCGCACGGGCACGGGCACCGCCCCUUGGUCCUCCAAAUCUCCGCACCCUGCAGCGUAACCUCCCCACGCUCCUUCUCCCGGGCCUCCAACGGUCACCGGUCAUUCAAGGAGUACAUCCAACACAUGGCUUCCGAGACCGCGGCAGCAGCUGCAGCAGCCUCCGUCGCCUUUGUGCCGCAAGGAACAAUACCCGCAUCCACAAACCAACACGCCGACCGACUUUCAGUGCCUUCUGCGGCGCGCCGACUGCUGAACACGCCGUUUACGAACUUGCCGGCCGGCUUGGCAUCCAUGCAAGCAGCGCCCGUGCGGGGUACCCGCGGCAGCAGCAGCAACAGCAGCGGCGGUGGGUAUGGUGCGGGCCAACCAACGACGCCUGUAUCACAUGCUCAGGAGCUGGAGGCGGCGCAGGGUGCCCUCAUGGCUUGGGCUGCAGCGUUGGUGCGAGCGGACGUUUUCCAUAGCGGAAGCGACGUGCAGAGCUGCAUGCUGACCGUGCUCACCAUGGUCAACAACUGCCCCGUGGAACUGGUGACGGCACUCGACAAGGCGCUUCGGCGCCGCGGCCUCUUCAACGCUCGCCUGGCGGAGCAGGUCAAGCGACUGAAACGCGGCCCGCCGCCGCCGCCACCAGCCGCCGCCGACUCGCCCAUGCCGACGCCCCUCAACAGCCCGCCUAAUCAUCAGCACCCGCCGCUGCAGCAGCAGCAACCCGCAUCUACAACCGCACCAGCCGUUGCAGCUCAUGAGGGGGCGGUUACAGGGCAGGAGCACUUGCAUAUGCCUGGCGGCGCCAUGGCGCCAUCGCCAACCCCUGCGGGCCGGUCAGCUGAACUAGACCUGGGAGGCGGCGGCUGCGGUUCAGCUGGGGGAAGGUCAUCACUGGAGGGUGCAGCUCCUCACCACGCACUGGUGGACUCCAGCAAGCCGGGAGGAGGAGCUCAGCAGCUGAGCCGUUUCGCAUCGUCGCAAGCACCUCAAGGUGACGCUGGCGGCAAGAGUAGGGAGGGCGCAGGAGCAGAGGGCGGCGGCACCGCUGAGGGUCACCAGUCGACCACUUCGCUCUCCAUGCCCAGCCUGCCCUUCUGUCUCAGCUCCGUCACCUCCAUGCUGGCCGAGCCCACCCCGUCUUCGUUGCCAGCAUCGCAUUCCACGCAUGCGCAAGGCCAGCAGGGCAGCGGCAAGGCAACAGAAGUCGACCCACCCUUGUCGCAUGCGCCCCUGUCAGCAGCCCAGCCGGCGCUCACGGUGCCUCGCCCGGACCCGCAGCUGGCGGUAGCGACGGCCCAGGCAGCGAUCCGUGCCACCAGCCUUAAGCUGCUCGAGUAUUUUGCGGACCCCUCGGGUGCGCUGCCUAGCGGCCUUUCAGCGGCACUUUCCGGCGGUCUGUCAUCCGCGGGACCUUCCUCCUCGAACCAAAGCUGCACGCAGGAGAUGCAGUCACAGCGCCCUUCAUGCACGUCCCUUGGCGGCACGUCGUCAUCCUCAGCUGUGGCUGCUGGGGGCGGCGGCGGAGGCGCUUGCCGGUCGCGCGCUUUGCCAUCCCGCAAGGCUGUUUCGCGUAUGACGCAGCACAGUACGCUCCUGCAGUGCCUCGUGGGUGAGCUCGUGCGCAAUGCGCAUUCCGUGACGGCGACCGUGUCUUGGAAAGCAACUCUGGAAGGCGGCCGCGGCCUGGCCAGUUGCUUCGUACACCCCGUGUUGUACGGCGCGGAUGGAAGUACGGCUCCGGCCGCGGCUACGUUGGCAGCAUAUGACUUUGAUGCUACCAAGCCCUCGGCCUUGCCUGGCUACAGAGCCGCUGGCAGCAAAUCCAAAAGGAUGCAAGGCUUGGAGUUAGCCGCCGCCGCAGCAGCAGCAGCGGCACCAGCAGAGGAUCUCGUGGAGGGGCUGGGAAGCGUGCCAUGUGCUGAGGGUGCACAGGCGUUGCUGCUGUCGUUGUUGGAUGUACGGCAGUGGGCAGCAGUGCCCAGGGCGGCACCGCCAAAGUCGUCCGGUUCCCGGACUGCUGACGGGUCGGCUCCAGCUGUGGUCUCUAUCAACCGUGCAGCACAGAUCCGCGAGGAACAGGGAACCGAGGCGGGCGAGGCAUCCGGGAACUCAGCCUCCAUGCCAACGGACGCCCUACAUGAGGGCGGUACCGAGGGCGGCGGUGCCGAGGACGACGCGCGCUUCCUCACGCCUUUGCGACCUGGGCUCCAGGCUUUCGCGCCCUUAUCCCCCGGCAGCACAAGCGGCUUGGGCAACACGGACCGCCUCUCCUUGUCCGCACUGACGGACGGUGACGGCGAUUGCGGCUACCCCUCCGUCUCGCCAUGCGCCUCCACGCCGGUGGGUGUUGAUGCCAAGGCGUCGGCCGACCGCCAUGGGCCCUCCUCCAUACGACGGCACAUCAACCCAGCCUUCGGCCUGCACUCUCCCACACCGUCCAAUCUGUCCGAGUAUUGGGACGAGAACUCGGAGCUUACGUCGCCUCCCUCGACCACUGCCAGCACGCCCGCGGAUGCCUCCGGUCGGGUCAGCGGGCGCGCUAGCGGCAUGGAUGGGAGACCGUCAGCCUGGCGCCAUGCAAGCAGUGGCUUGACGUCGCCGGAAGCCGUGGCAUCACCAUCGCCAGCGUCGACGCGGCCGCAGUCGCCAGACCCGCACGGGGCUGUACGGAGGUCCAGUAACUUGAGCGGCCUGGGGCGGCUUAGCGGCUCGUUGACAGCGUCGUCGUCGCGCAGGGCGAUUCUGGAUGCACAUGCGGCGGAUUCGGGCACUUCCGGAAUGGGGAUCCACGAGUUUGCUUCGAGGUUAGCGGCAGCUGAUGGCGCAGGUGCGGAAGCAGCCAGCGUUGUCGCUGUCAAGGGGCGGGAAGCAGCAGCACCGGUGGCGGCGGAUGCGUCAGCGUCGAGCACGACCCAGCCAGCGAGCACAUCAGAGGCAGCGGAGGCAGGCGAGGGCGAGCAGAUGCCGACACUAUCGUACCUCCUCAACGUCAAUGCGCUCAGCGAGAUCCGUGCUGCUGUACGCGAGGCAAACGGUGACAACGGCAGCGUCGCAGGUGGCGGCGGCGCCUGUAGCAACACCGCACUCGCCGUCAACAGGUCAGCCGUUUCAACAACAGCAGCGGGGGCGCCUUCGCCGUCGGUGGAUGCGAUACCCGGCACUGAGAGCGUGACGCUGAGCCCGCAUGCGAACCUGGAAUCGAGCGAUGACGCGAGAGAUGAGCAGGAGCUUAGCGGCGCUGUAGCGGCGGGGGCUCAGCAGGUCAGGGCGGAAGCUAGCGGCUCUGCGGGUCUGCUGGCGUGUGAGCUCAGUGUCAAGCAUGGCGUGCAGAGCAUACAUGCCGCUGCGGAUGCCCCGGAGCUGCUGGCGGUGCUUGGGGAUGCGGGAGAGCGAUGGUCUCACGACAGCGCAGCCGGCGCUUCACGCACCGCCCCUGGCGGGACCCUGGGCGGCAGCGGCGGUGAUAUUGGUAGCUCAGGCGCCAGAUUGGGCAUAGACUGGCCGGUUGACGAGCCCAGCUCUGCAGUGCAGGCCUCCUCGCAUGGUGGGGCAGCCAUGCCGGGCGCGCAUGCGUUGGGCACUCUGACAGGCACAGCAGGCCAGGUGCAAGCCGCCUGGAGCUUUGAGGCCGGGGCUGGCGCCGGCGCUGCGACCGAUAGCGGCUGCACUCCAGGGGCUGACAUUGCUAUGAGGCAAUUCGCCAGCACCGGCGGGUACGACAGUCGACACGGUGGAGCUCCUGCUACUGCUUACCACCCGCAGGCGGGGCAACGCGUACUCAACCCCUCGCUCUCGUUCCCGCACAGUCGCGCCGCAGCCGGUAUGCACCCCAACCCAGCCCUUCCGGAUCACGGAGUCAGCCACGGGCACACGUUCGGAGGAUGCAGCGUCAAUCCCACCCCACCGCAGGAACAGCGACCCAUGGGUCGAGGCUUAGACAUGGGCCUGGGCUUGGGCCUCGGCUUGGAUAUGACGGUGGCGACGGGCGCCAGGCGCGAGUUGCGAUCAAGCCGCAGCCUCCAGCAGCACGACCGCCGGCCGCAUGAGGGGGCGUAUCAUGCAGCGAAUACCGGCGUUUACCACGGUCUGGGCUAUGGGUCUGCAACCUCUCCCGGCGGCUACCAGGGACCUGUAAGCCCUGGCGCUUGUAGCGUAGGUAGUUCCAUCAGCCUUGCGUCUCCUCGGGCCGCCGGCUUUGUCGGCAGGGCCGCCGCAACGGCAGCCGCAGCCGCCUCCACUGGCGGAAGCGCGCCCAGCUCAAGACCGCUUUCCUCGACCUUGCCGCGAUCACCCAUGUCGGGUGUUCCCACACAGCCAGCCAAUGCCGCUACCCACUGGCGCCAUGCGCCCAUGUCGCCUGGCGCAAAUGCGCCCGUGCGCCCAUUGCUGCACCCGCCGCAGUCCGCAGCGGCGCAGGUUGAUGCCAUUAUUGGAGGGUGGAAGUCUGCGGUGACGGAGGUCGCAGCUCCCAGACCUGCUUGGGAACCCGUAUCAGCCACCGCUGCUGAAGAGUCGGGUUCGGUUCAUGCUGCCCUCAGUCCUGCAGGCUCCACGGCUCUUACACCGCUCACACCAACCGUCAGCAUCCACAUCCAGGACUUUCUCCGCAUGCCCUCGACCGGCGGCCUUGACUCGGUUGCAAGUGGCGGCGCCGCCGGCGCAGCCGCUGCCGGUUCCACACACGACCGCCUGGCGUCAAGCUUCCUUGCAACUCCCACCUCGUCUUCAGUAGCCACUCCCAUGUACAGUGCCACCAUGCGAGCCGCCUUGCUGACCGCAUCAGUGGAGGCAUCGUCGCUGUCAGCCCUGGGAUGGCCGCCGCCCAUGCCGACUACAGCAACAGGGGUAACCAAUGCUGCCUCGGCCACCGCUGGCGCUGCCGCCACUGCCCAUGCCGCUGCGGCAAAGACGGCAUGGCCGGCGGCCCCGACAGGCGCCUCGAGCCAAGGCGGGGCGAAAGCUCCACAGCAGACCCAUGGGUCGCUUAGGGCUGCUGCCCAACCGACUGCAGUACUAGCUGGGGUUCCUGCCGGGUACCCACCGCCGCAUGGGCUGUUGGCGGGUGGUUUGGGUCUGCCGUACGGCGGUUUAUACCCUCAAGCCGCAGCAACAGCCUCUGCCGCAGACUUGUAUGGAGCUCCUGCCGUUGCAUCUGUUGCUGCAGUUGGAGGGCCGGCUUCCGCAGGGAGUGGGGCGAACAGCGUUGGUGCGCCUGUGCUGGCCGCCGGGGCGGCAAUGCUGGCGGGGCCAGCAGCGGCAGCAGCUGCAACUGCGGGACGUUUGCCAGGCAGCCCGCGCUCACCUGCAGCACGUCAACAUGGGCUUCAUGGCAAGUCAACGACGGCAACAAUGCGUUCAACCGCCGGAAGCACGAUGUCCCCCGCCUCCUCCCCGUCUGCAAACUUUAACGCCGCAGCAAAUGCGGCAGCGCGCGUUGCCAUGACAAGCCGAAUGCCGCAGGCCACGUACAGCUUCCCAGGGGGCCACCACACCACCCCGGGCUCUGCAACCCCCUCAACCACCGCAGUCGCCGCCACAUCAACUGCAGCAGCAGCAGCAGCAGCAGCAGCAGCAGCUACAGGAUCCACAACUGCACCUGGUGCGGUUUACACCGGCGCGGGCACGAGUGGCCCCUACGGCAUGGUGCCUCCAGCUGCCGUGCGGACGGCAAGCGCCACCACCGCUCCUGCUCCCACCGCAUCCGCAGCCAUGGCAGUGCCGCCGGCCCUCGCCGGCGCCAGCACCUUUACCGGCGGAGCCUACCGGUCGCCUUCGCACGCGCACGCCGGCAGCCUGCAUCGCUCAGCUGCAGGCUUGGGGCCCCACUCGCGGGACAAUGGUAGCGCCGGCAGCGGCAGCGGCGGGGUUAGCGAGCCUGGCGAGCGCGGCCCUAGGGCAGGUCCUGGCAGCGUUCCGGCGAUGAAUCCGUUGUACCGGGUCAGCUCAUCAGCGGCUUUCUCUGCAUCGGGAGCCGAGCGCGCAGCGGGG